AUGUCGUGGCCCAUCGUCGUUGUAACCGGUGCCAACGGCGGUGUCGGGUUCUCGAUAUGCCAGCGACUCAUCUUCGAACUAUCCGACACGGACCAAGCCUUCGCGUCACAAUCCAGUUCUCGAGAAGGGGACCUUUUCCCGUUCCCCUGCGAGGGUCUUACUCUCAUAAUGGCGUGUAGAAGCUUUCAUCGCGCGGACACGGCGCGCCGUGAAUUGUAUGCGUCCCUGGAUUCCCACAUGGCCAAGAAAAACACAAAAUAUGGAGGACACGCGAAGCGGUUCAGGGAAAAUCUGAAAAUAGAAAUUCACACUGUUGACCUUGCGGAGAUUUCAACUAUAUUUGCUUUCGCCGAUGAAGUGUCCAAAACGUACCCAUAUAUCUCCCAUUUCAUUUUUAAUGCAGGGGUGGCCAGUUAUGACCACAUUAACUGGUGGAAAGUGGCCCAACAAUUCGUCGUGGAUCCUAUGGGCAUGGUGACGACGCCUCGGUAUAAUGUGCAUCUUGUCGGCGAGUCGACCAAGGAUGGCCUGGGUUUAGUCUGGCAAUCGAAUCUUUUUGGCCAUUAUGUCUUGUUCCGUGCCCUCCAUCACCUCCUUUCUGCUCCAGCAUACAGUGGGAUACACGGGUCAUCUGGAUGUCUUCUAUCGAGGCCUCUCCUGACCUUUACACAUCCGACGAUUGGCAACAUCCUCGGAACACAAUUGGACCGGAUUGCCCUUGAAACGCCAGAUUCUGAAAAACGAAUACGGCACAUUGUUGCCCACCCAGGAAUUGCGUCUACUUCGUUUUCGAACAAGCUUGUCAAUUUUUGGACAAACGUACUUAAAGUCGUCUUAAUGUACAUCGCGCGUUGGUGCGGGUCGCGAAAUCAUGUGAUCGAUCCGUUCAAGGCAGCAGUAUCAACGAUAUACGUUUGCCUGGUGCCAUUGUCGAUUCUUGCCUCUUCACAGGUUUACAAGAACGGCAUUUAUCGACCAGUGAGGUUUGCUUCAGAAACAGAUAGGCUAGGACGGGAUGAGGUUGGCGUCCACGUCGUCAAGUGGUGGCCAGAGCACCAGCGGGAAGCCGAACUUCUUGUUGACAGGUGCAACAACCUAUACGAGGAGUUCAAGAGUCGAUAG